GCUGCUCCUCCUACUCCUCUGCCUCCCUCCACCUCCCCCACAUCUACUACCCCCUAACCUCUUCCCCGGUUCGUCUGUUCGGAUAUUAGGGAUCUUUCUAUGUUCCUCUUCUAAUACUCUCUCUCCCAAUCUCUUUCCUCCUUGUCCUACCUCUUAUCUCGACAUCUUGAAAGGGGGACGUGUGUGCGCUCCACAUCAUCCGUCAUGGCGUCCCAAACCCCGGCCGUUGUCAUGGACAACGGAACUGGUUAUUCCAAGCUUGGUUUCGCCGGUAAUGAUUCGCCCUCGUUCGUCUUUCCCACCGCAAUUGCCACCAAGACCCCCGGUAGCUCUGGAACCGCUGGCGCUGGCAGACCCGCCGUCGCAAACAAGCCGUCGUUCAUGGGCGGAGGUGGUGGGGGAAGCUCACACUUGUCCGCGAAGCGUGGUACGGAAGACCUGGACUUCUUCAUCGGCGAUGAGGCUCUGUCGGCGGCCAACGGACCAGGAUAUGGGAUCAACUACCCGAUUCGUCAUGGUCAGAUCGAGAAUUGGGACUCGAUGGAACGGUUCUGGUCCAACUCGAUCUUCAAGUACCUGCGUGUAGAGCCCGAGGACCAUUACUUCUUGCUCACCGAACCCCCGUUGAACCCCCCUGAGAACCGUGAGAACACGGCCGAGAUCAUGUUCGAGUCGUUCAACUGCGCUGGUCUCUACAUUGCGGUCCAAGCUGUGCUUGCACUCGCUGCCUCGUGGACGUCCUCCAAAGUGACCGACCGGUCCCUGACGGGAACGGUCAUCGACUCCGGUGACGGUGUCACCCACGUUAUCCCCGUCGCCGAAGGCUACGUCAUCGGAUCCUCCAUCAAGAGCAUACCGAUUGCCGGUCGAGACAUCACCUACUUCGUCCAGAGUCUGCUGCGUGACCGAGGCGAGCCGGACAGCAGCCUGAAGACAGCCGAGAAGGUCAAGGAGGAGCACUGCUACGUGUGUCCCGACAUCGUCAAGGAGUUCGCCCGCUACGACCGGGAGCCCGACCGCUUCCUCAAACACACCGUGACGUCGCCCAACGGCCGCAGCGUAAACAUCGACGUCGGGUACGAACGGUUCCUGGCCCCCGAGAUCUUCUUCAACCCCGAAAUCUACUCCUCCGACUUCCUGACCCCCCUGCCGACCGUCGUCGACGGCGUCAUCCAGUCCUCCCCCAUCGACGUCCGGAGAGGUCUCUACAAGAACAUCGUCCUGUCCGGCGGCUCGACGCUAUACAAGGACUUUGGCCGCCGUCUGCAGCGUGACAUCCGGCACCUGGUGGACGCGCGGAUCCGCGCCUCCGAGGCCCGCAGCGGCGGCGCCCGCAGCGGCGGUCUCGACGUGGCCGUCGUGACGCACAAGCGACAGCGCCACGGCCCGUGGUUCGGCGGCAGUCUGCUGGGCCAGACGCCCGAGUUCCGCAGCUACUGCCACACCAAGGCCGAGUACGACGAGAUCGGCCCCAGCAUCGUCCGGCGGUUCGCCCUGCUCGGUGGACCGGGCACGUAAGGGAGCGAAGGAGGUAUUUAUUUCGACAGUCAAAUGAAAGUGUGGGUUGUCAUCGAGUAGAUUAGAAAUGGAAGCCAGUGGGGUUACGGAAUACCGACAUUUGGAAGAAAGAGCUGGGGGUUGAUUCUCUAUGCUGCUACAUGUAGUGGCUUUUUUUCUCUCUGUUCAAUUGUACCGCUUAUAACAGAACAAA